AUGAAGCGGGAAGGAGUGCCAGUGCGGCACCUGCCCCCUGGCAGCCACAGGCUGGUAGCCUUUGAGCAAGAGAACUUCCAAGAACAGCAAAUAGAAUUCUCCAGGGAGUGCCUGAACCUGGGAGACCGCAGCAUCCCCAAAGUGCACAGCCUCAUCCUGCUCACAUCCAGCUGAGUCGCCUUUGAGCAGUCCAACUUCUGGGGGGAUGUUCAUCCUGGAGAUGGGAGAAUACCCACCUGGGACACAUGGUCCAGCAGCUACCACAGUGUCCAGCUCAUGUCCUUGUGGCCUGUCUGGAUGGACUCUCAAGAGCACAUGAUCUGCUAGUGUGAAGGUGUCAACUUCAAGGGUAACACCAAGGACCAGGGGGAUGACAUGCCCUGUGUCUGGGUCUGUGGCUUCUGUGGCCGCGGGGGCCAUAUGAGGGCCUCCAGUGGGAUCUGGGUGGGCAAUCUACCGAGCUACUGUGGAUUCCAGUACCCCUGGGAGGCAGGUGACUUUUGGCUCUGGAAUGAGUGGGGGGCCUUCCAGCCACAGAUGUAGGCCAUUCGCUCCCUGUGUGACAAGCAUGAUAGAGAAGGCUGCUUCCCUGUCCUAGCUGCUGAGCCCCCCAAGUGA